AUGAGCCCUGUAUCGACCAAGACAGACUCCCAGCCUCCGUCGGACAGCUACCCUCGUCCGCCUCUCCAGCAGACUGGCAUCCUGGAUCUUUACGAGAGCUUUGAAGUGACCCCUGUCAUCGGACGAGAAUACCCAAAGGUACAGAUUCGGGAUCUCUUGGAGAGCCCUCAAGCUGACGAACUUCUCAAAGAGCUGGCUAUCAUCAUCUCUCGCCGCGGUGUUGUCUUCUUCCGUUCACAAGAUCUGACUCCCCAAGAGCAAAAGGCGUUCACCGAUAAGCUCGGUCGGCUGGCAGGCAAACCGGCCUCGAGCGGCCUUCACAUUCAUCCGAUCAUCAAUGCCGAGCGAGAAGCAGCACACCUCCCCUUAGACAAAGCGGGCACCCCCAAUACGGAUAAUUCUAUUUCAGUCAUCUCUUCCAAGCACAGGCGCGCAACGUACACCAGCAGAGUCAGCAAUGCCGAGGAGUGGCACAGCGACAUUACAUUUGAGCCAGCUCCGGCAGACUACACAUCGCUGAAGGUGCACACUGUGCCCCCGACAGGUGGGGACACCCUUUGGUCUAGUGGGUACGAAAUCUACGACCUGCUGAGCCCGCCUUUCAAGGCUCUCGCAGAUUCCUUGACAGGUUAUUAUGCACAACCCAAUUUCAUCGAGGCAGCCAAGCGAGGUGGGUAUCGCGUCCACCCCGGACCCCGUGGCAGCGACGACAACGUCGGCGAAACCUUGGAUGCCAUCCAUCCUUUCGUCCGUACCAACCCAGUCACCGGCUGGAAGUCGGUCUUUGGCGUCGGCACUCACUUCCAGAGAUUUGAGGGCCUGCACAAGAGGGAAGGAGAGAUCCUGAGACAGUAUGUCCUGGAGCUGGUCACUUCUCAUCACACGGCGCAAGCGCGUCUGAAGUGGGGCGAAAAUGAUCUGGCAGUUUGGGACAAUCGCUCUACCUUCCAUGCGGCUAGCCCUGAUUAUGAAAGUGAUCGUGCUGGAGUACGCGCUGUCUCCGUCGGCGAGAGGCCGUACUACGACCCCGCUUCUCAGUCGAGGCGAGAGGAGCUGGGUAACCGUCUCAUCUGA